AUGUUCAAGAAGAGGCCAGAAAUAAAAAACCUGUCUCCUCUCAGGACGUCUGAUCGCCGAAAACUUGCCGAUCAGAUCAUUCAGGACUACAGAAUCCAAGUCCCCUCCCAAGAGCCAGCAGCCGGUGAUGACGCAGCAGCGUCCCCAGCCGUGACUCUGUCGUCUCUGCGCAACUCGUUGCUGCCCGAGUCGACAUCUAGUGCCCGCUUCACCACCACCAGCGGUCCGAAUCAUACCCUAGUUUCCGGCACCCUCUAUGUCGGGACACACCACGGCCCUCAGGACGAGAGGAUUCUGUGGUUCCAGUAUGGAAAGUCAGCGAGGCUGGUACCUACCGUCUACACGCUGUGGCAGAAUCCAAACAUCAUUCCUCUUCUACACACGCCAGAAUUUGUGGUGGAAGAGAAGCUGAGCCAUGGCUCUGAUCUCAUGAUCCCAGGUCUUGUAAAGGCAAAAGGCACAGCAUGGGAUUCAAGAGCAAUCACAGGUGCCGUUGUUGCCGUUGCAGGCAUUUCUCGAGAUACGGUGCCGCUCUGGGUAGGAACUUGCGACCUUGAUGUGUCUAAGCUAGGCGACGAUCUUCGGGGGCAGAAAGGCAUUGCAGUGAAGGGGCUGCAUUGGGCUGGCGAUGAGGCUUGGAGCUGGAGACCCAUCGGAAACGGUGGGCAAGAAGCACCAGAGAGUGUGGACGGAUGGAAGGGUCUUACGCAAGACGUCACGUCUUCCAUUGGCGACGUCAGUCUUAAAAAUGACGAAGACUUCCAAAACGAAGAUGGCGGUGCACCACUCGAUAGCGCCGUUAGCAGCCACGGCAUCGUGAAGGAAGAUAUUGCCGGAGAAGCCGAGGAACGUGAGCCCACCACCAAGGAAGUAGACGAUGCAUUUCAUCAAGCAUUUCUUUUUGCCGUUCACAAGGCGAAAGCAAGUGCUUCUGGGCCACGCUAUGGCUUUGACUUCCCCAUUCAGCCUUCUCAGCUCAUGUCCAACAUGAUCCAGCCUCACCUGCGUGUCCAGAAUCAACAUUACAACAUCAAGAAGACGUCGUGGAAGAAUAUGAAGAAAUUCAUCAAGCAUCUUGACAAGGAAAAGCUUCUCAAGUCAAAGGACCGCAGUGGUGGAGAAACGGUCAUCCUUGACAUUGAUUUUGACGAUGUUCAGGUGACUAGCUUCAGACCUUAUACACUACCCAAGCCCAAGACAACCCCAACAACAACGACUCAGUCUGAAGCUGAGCCGAGCGCUUCUUCUUCAUCGGGCGACUCCUCUAUCGGACAGAAGAUAAACAUUCAAACAGUCUAUCGAGCUUCUUCAAAGCUCGUACCGACAUUGCUUGCUUCCAAAACUGAGUUCUACACUGCACAGCAGAUCUCGGCGGCGUUGAAAACAUACAUCGAGCAACAUCCUGAACUCGGUGGUCAAGGGGCUGCCAGCAUCAAACUCGACCCGUUCAUUGCCAAUGACAUCCUCGGAUCCAACCCUUCUCCAGAAGACAAUCGAGCAAUCGCAGCGGGCCGUAUCGCUAAAGGAGCAUUGCAGAAGCGCAUCUUGGAAGACACACGACUUUGUCAGCCCUACCACCUGAUUGUUCGUACUCCAUCUGUAUCGGAGCCGAAACCAAAGUCGGGCCCGGCUCCUCAAAUUCACAUGUCUAUCGAAAAGAGAACGGGCACCAAGGUCAUUACUAAGGUCUGGAAUCUUGAGCCCUUUUUCAUCGAUCCACAGCUGCUUGCGCCCGAGCUGCAGAAGAAGUGCGCAGGCUCGGCCAGUGCAGGUCAACUGACGGGUGGCAAACCCGGCUUACUGGAGGUCGUGGUUCAGGGUGACCAGCGGAAGAUACUCCUAGGCGACGUCCUGGCCAAGAGAGGCAUCGACGCCAAGUGGGUAGACGUUGUGGACAAGACCAAGUCGAAGAAGAAAUAG